AUGUCGUCGUCCUUCUUCAACCCCAGCUUCGCCUUCAGCUCGCACUUCGACCCUGACGGUGCCCCGCUCAGCGAGUUCUCCUGGUCGUCCUCCCUGUCCGUGGUGGCCGUGUCCUUCUCCGGGCUCUUCACCGUCAUCGCCCUCAUGCUGGCCUGCCUGUGCUGUAAGAAGGGCGGCAUCGGGUUCAAGGAGUUUGAGAAUGCCGAGGGGGAAGAGUACGCGGCCGACUUCUCGGCACAGGGCUCCCCGGCCACAGCGGCUCAGAACGGGCCCGACGUCUACGUCCUGCCGCUCACUGAGGUCUCCCUGCCCAUGGCCAAGCAGCCCGGGCGCUCAGUGCAGCUGCUCAAGUCCACAGACCUGGGCCGGCACAGCCUUCUGUACUUGGAGGAGAUCGGCCACGGCUGGUUUGGGAAGGUGUUCCUGGGGGAGGUGAACUCGGGCAUCAGCAGCACCCAGGUGGUGGUGAAGGAGCUGAAGGCGAGCGCCAGCGUGCAAGAGCAGAUGCAGUUCCUGGAGGAGGCACAGCCCUACAGGGCCCUGCAGCACAGCAACCUUCUCCAAUGCCUGGCCCAGUGUGCCGAGGUGACGCCCUACCUGCUGGUGAUGGAGUUCUGCCCGAUGGGGGACCUCAAGGGCUACCUGCGGAGCUGUCGGGUGGCCGAGUCCAUGGCACCCGACCCCCUGACCCUGCAGCGCAUGGCCUGCGAGGUGGCCUGUGGCGUCCUGCACCUGCAUCGCAACAACUAUGUGCACAGUGACCUUGCUCUGAGGAACUGUCUGCUCACGGCUGACCUGACGGUCAAGAUCGGCGACUACGGCCUGUCUCAUGGCAAAUACAGGGAGGACUACUUCGUGACGGCUGACCAGCUGUGGGUGCCACUGCGCUGGAUCGCGCCUGAGCUGGUGGACGAGGUGCACUGCAACCUGCUGGUGGUGGACCAGACCAAGGCCAGCAACGUGUGGUCCCUAGGCGUGACCAUCUGGGAACUCUUCGAACUAGGAGCGCAGCCCUACCCCCACCACUCGGACCGGCAGGUGCUGGCCUAUGCUGUCCGAGAACAGCAGCUCAAGCUGCCCAAGCCUCAGCUGCAGCUGACCCUCUCCGACCGCUGGUACGAGGUGAUGCAGUUCUGCUGGCUGCAGCCUGAGCAGCGGCCGACGGCCGAGGAGGUGCACCUGCUACUGUCCUACCUGUGCGCCAAGGGUGCCACUGAGGCGGAGGAGGAAUUCGAGCGGCGCUGGCGCUCACUGCGGCCCGGUGCGGGCAGCGCGGGUGCCGGGCUAGGGGUGGCAGGCCUGGCCCUGGGGGGCACGGGUGAGCUGCUCGCCACCUCCUCCUUCCCGCUGCUGGAGCAGUUCGCUGGCGACGGCUUCCACGCGGAGGGCGACGACGUGCUGACAGUGACUGAGACCAGCCACGGCCUUAACUUCGAGUACAAGUGGGAAGCGGGUCGCGGCGCCGAGGCCUUCCCGCCACCAGAGGGCGCCCUGAGCCCGGGCCGAGAAGCGCGCCUGCAGGAGCUCUGUGUCCCGGAUGGCGCGCCCCCGGGCGUGGUGCCGGUGCUCAGCGCUCACAGCCCCUCGGUGGGCAGUGAGUACUUCAUCCGCCUGGAAGACCCCGCGCCUGCCGCGGACCAUGACCCCGACUGCACUGGCUGUGCCCCCAGCACGCUUGCCGCCGCCCUGCGCCCCGAUGGUAGUGACCACGAUGAAGACUCCGACGGGAGCACGGCCGCCUCGCUGGUCAUGGAGCCGCUGCUCGGCCACGCGCCGCCCGCGGAUGGCCCCUGGGGCCACUGCGACUACUACCCAUGCAAGAGCCACGCCCGUGACCUUUCCUGCGCCUCCCGCUCACCCUCACCAGAGACACCGAUGCUGGCGGAGCCAGGAGCCGAGGAUAUCGACUGGGGCGUGGGGGCCUUCUGUCCCCCAUUCUUUGAGGACCCACUGGGCAUAUCCCCCUCGCGGAGCUCUGGGGACCGACUGUCCCCGGGUGGGGAGGAGCUGGGGGAGGCUGAGGCGUCCAGAGCUGCCCAGUACAGACACUGGAGCUCCAACGUGUCUGCCAACAACAACAGCGGCAGUCGAGCGCCGGAAUCCUGGCUCCCAGGCCUCUCAGGCUACACGGACUGCUGCCCUGGUGUGAAGCAGACCUUGUGGGCCAUCCCUGAGCUGGGCCAUCCUCUGACCCCAGAAGUUCCCAGAGAGUCUCUCCUUGGGCCAAAGGGGGCUUCCUUGGGUCAGGAGCUGGGCCACUGCCUCGGCCUCCCCCAUCUGUAUCCUGCUGAGGGCCUGACACCUGCCCCCUGCCUGGUCGCCUCCCCCUGGGCAGAGGCAGCCAUAAGCGGGGGUGACAGCCCCCAGGCAGAGCCCAGGCUUGCAGAGGAGGCCGAGGGGUCUGUUGGACUCCAACUGCCCCUUCCCUCCAUCCCAUCCCCAUCCCAAGAGGGAGCCCCACUUCCUGCCGAGGAGGCCAGCACCCCGCCCACCCUGCCUGCCUCACCCACGCCCACUGGCAGCCAGGCACCUGCCACUGAGCCAGCCCAGACCCUCGACAGCGACAGCGGUAGCAGCUCCCCUGAGCUGGAGGCUCCAGGGAGUGAAGAUGAGGACACGACCGAGGCCACUUCUGGUGUCUUCACUGACUUGUCCAGCGACGGCCCACAGGCUGAGAAACUAGACGUGACACCAGCUUUCCGCUCCCUGCAGAAGCAGGUGGGGACCCCCGACUCCUUGGACUCCCUGGACAUCCCGUCCUCGGCCAGUGAUGGCGGCUGUGAGGUCUUCAGCCCAUUAGCUGUCAGCACCCCUGGCGGGCAGCUCCGAGCCCUGGACAGCGGCUAUGACACGGAGAACUACGAGUCCCCAGAGUUCAUACUCAAGGAGGCGCAUGAGCCCUGUGAGCCCGAGGCCUUUGGGGAGCUGGCCUCAGAGGGUGAGAGCCCGGGGCCCGAGACUCGGCUCUCUGCCUCCCUAGGUGGCCUCAGCGAGAAGAAUCCCUACCGCGACUCUGCCUACUUCUCAGACCUGGAUACGGAGCCAGAGCCCCCCGUGGGCCCCACGGAGAAGCACGGAGGUGUCCCAGUCCCCAGGCCGGAGCCUGAUCUGGAGAGCCCGAAGAGCCCCAGGCUGCAGUCUGCACAGCCCUCCCCUGAGCUGGGGGUCCCCGGGGACGCACAGGGUGCUGGCCCCAGGGAGGUGCCACCACUGCCACUGUCACUGUCACUGCCUGAGGACUCUUCCCCAGAGCCAAGCGCCUGCCCCACAGGCCCCAGGCAGGAGCCUCCCUGGCCCCAAGACCCAGUCCAGGUGCCGCCCAUGCCCAACCCCGUGAGUUCUAAGAUAUUCUUGCUGACUCCAGUCCGGCCAAGCUCAGAAAGCCACCGCCCAGAGCUCCAGGAGACCCUGGGACUGCUGUCAGGGUCGAACCUGCAGGAACAGACCGGGGGCCCAGGUGCCUCCAGAACCCCGCUCUGCCUGGCCCUGCCCGGACUCCCCGCGGCCCCGGAGGGGCGGCCGGAGGAGGAAGAGGAGGACAGCGAGGACAGCGAUGAGUCGGACGAAGAGCUCCGCUGCUACAGCAUCCAGGAGCCGAGCGAGGAGAGCGAGGAGGAGGUGCCGCCCGUGCCAGUGGUGGUGGCGGAGAGCCAGAGCGCACGCAACCUGCGCAGCCUGCUUAAGAUGCCGAGCCUGCUGUCCGAGGCCUUCUGCGAGGACCUGGAGCGCAAGAAGAAAGCUGUGUCCUUCUUCGACGACGUCACUGUCUACCUCUUUGACCAGGAAAGCCCCACCCGAGAGCUCGGGGAGCCCUUCCCUGGUGCCAAGGAGUCACCCCCCACGUUCCCACCGGGCAGCCCAGGCUCCCCCAGUGCCUCCUGCCGGCCACGGCGGGCUGACCCCUCCCCCGAAGGCCCUGCGACUGAACAGGACGGAGAGUUCGAGUGGAAUGAUGGUCUCAUGCUGACGCCGGCCCAGGAGCCGGCCUCGUGCAUCCCCGCCGAGACUGCCAAGUCCGUCGCGCCCAGCCCCUUCUCGCGCUUCACCGUCUCACCAGCGCCUGCGUCCCGCUUCUCCAUCACGCAUGUCUCCGACUCAGACUCCGGGUCCGUGGGAGGUCCUACAGCAGGUGCUGGGGGCAGCUGUAAAGAGGCUUGA